AUGGAAAAAAUAGGAACAGAAGAUCACAGAACAGCACUUUCUCAGUCCUCUUCAUCAUCCUUGACUACAGCCAUGACGGAAUCACAGCAAAGCAACUCUGAAGGCACUUUCAAUGGGGAUAGCUUUCACUCCAUUGACAAAUAUAGUUCAAAUUAUUUACCAAGGGAGUUUAUGUCAUCCCAGGCAAAAGCAGUUAUUAAAACUACUAAAGAUUAUUUGCAGCCUCAGUUUGGCCCCAACAGACUGUUGCUUUCAGCAGCAAUAUCAGAAGGGUCAGGACUUCAAAAUUGCUCCACACAUCAAACAGUAUCAGAUCAUAGGCAUGGUGAAAUAUCAGACCCGGAUAGCUACAAAUCAAACAGAAACAACAAUUCCUGUUUUAUAUCAGCAUCCAAGAGAAACAGACCUGUCAGUGCUCCGGAGGGUCAACCGAGAGUUGCAGAGUUCUCUUCUUUAAAAUUUCAGUCGGCCCAGAAUUGGCACAGAAUCUCUCAAAGACAUAAGCUUCAAACCAGAGUGAUUAGAGUAACAGCUUACAAAAAUGGAUCUAGAACAGUCUUUGCCAAAGUUGCUGUACCAACCAUCUCCUUGUUGCUGGAGGAGUGCACGGAGAAGCUGCGUCUGAACAUGGCCGCACGACGAGUGUUCUUGGCAGAUGGCUCUGAAGCCCUCGAACCUGAAGACAUACCCCAUGAAGCCGACGUUUAUGUUUCAAUGGGAGAGCCCUUUUUAGAUCCAUUCAAAAAAAUUAAAGACCAUCUGUUGUUAAUGAAGAAAGUAACUUGGACAAUGAAUGGGCUGAUGCUUCCUACUAAAGUCAAGAGACGGAAAACCAAGCCUGUUCUUUCUACUAGAAUGAAGAAACUUACUGGGAAGACCUCAGUCCGAAUUCUGGUCUUUAAGAACGGCAUGGGGCAAGAUGGACAUGAGAUUAUAGUGGGAAAGGAAACAAUGAAAAAGGUUUUAGAUACUUGCACAAUGAGGAUGAACCUAAAUUUACCAGCCAGACUUCUUUUUGAUUUGUAUGGCAGAAAAAUUAAAGAUAUUUCAAAAGUUCCUCUGCUUGAAAAAUGCUUGCAAAAUUCCAUCACACCUUUGCGGGGACCAGUUUGGGUCUCUAAGGGAGAAGGUUUCAGCCCCUCAGGAGCUAAGAUAUACAUCCAAGGAGUUCUUUUGGCCUUGUACCAACGCUUAAAGUCUGCAAAAAAAUACUAUAAACAGUUGAACCUGGCUGUGGAUGAACAGAAAGAUAAAAUUACUGAAAAAAUCAUUCUUUCAAUGACAGCGAAGGAACUCCAUAAGGCACAGGGAGAAGUGAGCAGGCUGAUUGAUGAAUUGCAGACAGCUAUCAAAAGCAACAGAGAUCAUCUCUCUAAACUUGGCCCCCAACUUCAGGCGGAGCAGGAGCAAUUCUCCUCUUAUGUCUACCAACACAUUAAAAGCCUUCCAGCAAAAACUCUUAUCCCAAGAGGCCUGCAGCUCAAGGUACUUGAAAAUGGUAAAGACACUGGAGAGAUCUCUAUCUGUAUCAGCCAAAAAGAUUUGGUGUCUAAUAGCCCAAACCAAACUGGUGAUAUGAUGGAAAAAUUACUUCUCAGGAUUCAUCAAAGGCUUCAAGGAUCUUCCAUCAACCCACCAGGCCUCAAUUUUUCUUCAACACGGCUUUUCGAUGAGCAUGGUCAAGAAAUUAAGAACCCACUUUUGCUGAAGAAUGAGCAAAAAAUUUGGGUCUCUUAUGGUAAAGCGUACAGAUCUCCAUGGAACCCUGUUUUGAGUUUGACCUUUGACCAGGUGACUGCAUUUGCCAGAGGUGGCAUUACAAUUGCAUAUAAAACCUUCUUGGAUCCCAAAGCUGUUCUGCUACCUGGAUGUGACAAGAUCUCAUUUGAUGAUAAAUUUAAAAACAAAAGCAAUAUGCUGGAGGCUUGUUGGGAUAGUGAGAAGAAGAGCAGGAGUUGGGAAGUUUGUGAGGGAUUUCCAGUGAAUUUUAAUGCCAACAGUCAACAGAUACCUGAUCAAUUUGAAAAGGUGGACUUAGAGGACCAUUUCCUACAGAACAAGGUGUCCUCAGACAUGGCAGGAUUUUCUUUCUCUAUAACACGAAAUGCAGCUGAGCUAGUGGCCCUGACUGUGUCUCGUCUAUGCAGAAUCACUUGGGAACUGUCCAGCAAACUAUCUCUCAAAGAACAGCAUGGUGUUGGUACUGGGUGCCAACCCAAGACAGACACAAAGGACCCCUCUGCUCUUCACCAAUAA